AUGCAAAAAAAAGAAGCGAGCGUGAUUGAAAAUGAUAAUGGCGAAUAUGAGAGUAUUUUAUCACAUACAAACAGCAUAUAUGUAUUUCCAGAACAACCCCAUACACGACAUAACCGCAAAGCCGACGUACUCCGGUUUAAAUUUGAUAGCUAUACGGAAGUAUCGUAUGUGAAAUUGCAUUUAUAUCUGCGUGGAUUGGACUGGAUAAAGGCGAAUAUACCGAACAUUAUCGAUGGAUUUGAAGAUAACUUUGAAGAUAACGAAAUUGUUGUGGAUGUACAUCGUGCCAUACGCCAUGUGAAUAGCACACAUAAAGCUAAAAUGUUUGAGUUUCGUCACAAAAUUCCAGUCGGAUUUGGUCAAUGGAUCAGUGUUGACUUAAAACCCUUGUUCAUAACAGGAGAGGAUACAAUGUUUAAUCCUACCAGGACGAAUAAAACUCAAGAAAUCGUCAUCAAAGGCGUUGAGCCAUGGAUGAAACCCUUAGUCGUCACUACGGAUAACAUCAAAAAUCCGUUGACUGUCCACAUUGAAAUUGGUUCACAAAAAGCACCGUCGAAAAGAAGCGUUUUUAUGGACUGCACUGAAAGUGAUCACGAUAUGCGGUGUUGUCGUUAUCCGCUCAAAGUGAAUUUCACGAGUUUCGGUUGGCACUUUGUGGUGGCACCCACAUCUUUUGAUGCAUAUUUUUGUAGCGGUGACUGUCGUGUGGGUUAUUUGGAGCAAUAUCCACAUACACAUUUAGCAGCACUAACGACAUCGGCAACGCCAUGUUGCUCUCCGACGAAAAUGAGUUCGUUGAGCUUGUUAUAUUUUGAUGACAACCAUAAUCUAGUGUUGAGUGUUAUACCAAAUAUGUCCGUCGAGGAUGCAGCUGCUCAUAGCCGAUUGGGAUAAACGGAACCUAGUAAACAACUUUUAUAAAAAACUUAGAAAAUAAACAAAGAAUGUAUAACUAUCCAUUCAUUGUAGAUGCAUAAGCAAUAUACAUAUUUGUGUUUAUUUUAACGGAAUCUCACUAACAUUAGUUGUGAAACAUAUGUACAUACAUACAUACAUACAUAUAUAACAAGAUUUUAUUGUAUAAAGUUUAUACAAAAAUUGAAAUGCUUCUAAC